ACAUCAAAAUGAUUGCAAUAGUAUCUUUGGUUCUCAUCGCACUCUUCGGACUGUCCUCAGCUGAGGUAGAAGUUCCUGGAACGUUGAUUUGGGAAAAACCAUCGGGACUUUCGAUUGUGGGACUUGCUGAAGUAAUUCCCCCGACUUGCGAUGGUGUCAACUACUACAGCACCUGUUACGACUGCAAUCAAAUUUUGGUGUGUUCUGGUAAGCUUCCUAGUACCCAGCAGAAUUGCCGUGUGAAUUCUCCUACCAAACCGUACUGUUCGGCUGGAAUUUGCUCAGCGACGCCCACCUGCCCUCCAGAACCUCUUUCCUGCACUGAUGCUGGCAAGUUCCCUGAUCCCUACAACUGCACCCAAUACCACUACUGUGAGGCUGCCGGAGAAGAUUCUUCUGUAUACGCAUGUCCACCCAAAUACGUGUAUAACGCAGACACAGGACUCUGCAAAGUGCAAGUUUACGUCGCGGACUGCAUGACUGCCAAAUGUGACCCCACCAAGGGCUUCGGAACCUACGGCACUUCUAAGACCUUCUUCGCCAUUUGCACCUACGACGAUAAAGGCGUCCUGUCGUCGGUCGAUAUGGCGAAAUGUCCCAACAACACCCUUUUCGAUACGGUCAACGGAAGUGGAUGCAAAUUCACCUGCCCCAAGGAUGGCAACUUCGCCAACCCAAUGGAUCCCACCUUUGCCAGUUACUAUCUGUGCUACACUUCUGGAGUGACCAAGGUUGCUUCGCUGCAGAAAUGUGCGGAAGGAAAGGCCUUUGACGUUGCAGCCGGUUUGUGCACAGCUGCCGCUUAUGCUACAACCACCCCUGCUCCUGCUCCUGCUGCUUAAAUUCUUUACUUUCUUAUAUUUUUAACAUUCCUUUUGAAGCCUGUGGGAAAUAAGGUUUCGAUAGGACAUAGCUUUGGCUUUGCUAGAAACCAAUAAAGUUCUAGUUUUUCGUUUAAAAUUUCUCGUUUUAAAGUU